CCAUUCUGGCUCGAUGUGUUUUGUGGCGACGGCAAACCGCGCACAGGAAUUUCUCCGCCCGAUCUGUGAACAGGUCACAGAGUUACGGAAAAAGCGAACUGUGAAAAUCCGAGCGGUGUUAGUCGGCUUCAAAGCACAAUCCCUUGUGGAAGAGACGGUCUCACACAAAAGCUAUUAUGGGUGCCCAAAGUGCAUCAUGAAAGGAACGUGGAUUCACAACAGCAUAUCGUUCACCAACGGAGAUGAACCAGAGGUGAAUCUUUCUAAAUAUGAAUCGCCUUCACGCAAGCAUGCCGAAUUUAUGACAAGUGUAUACGAUAACACUCAUAAGGUAGCCGAGGAACCGAAUAUGUAUCCUCUACAACCGUUAGUAAUAGACAUAAACGAGGAUGUCCUCGUAGGAGAUGAUCGGCAUCUCCUGCACUAAGGUGCAGCAAGGACAUUUUUUACAACGUUCACAGAGGGUGGAUAUGCAGUCAAGGAAAUGGCUGCAUUUCAAGUCAAGGAAAUGCAGGCAAGGAAACACAGUUCAAUAUCCUGAAAAUCGCAAUGCGUGACAUCCAGUUUCCGCAUGAACGGAAUC